GCGAGGAGUGGCUCCCGGCCCCGACGCCAGCCGGCUUGCACGAUGGUCCAGCUCACUCCCCUCCUUUGCAAGGCCUACCAUGGGGGACACUUAACCGUCCGCCUCGCCCUGCGUGGCUGUACCAACCGGCCUUUCGACCGCUUCGUGGCUGCUCACAACAAGUGCCCCAGAGAUGGCCGUUUUGUGGAACAGCCAGGCUCCUAUGACCCGCUGCCCAACAGCCAUGGAGAGAAAAUCGUUGCCCUCAACCUGGAGAGGAUCCGGCACUGGAUUGGCUGCGCGGCCCACCUCUCCAAGCUGGUGGAAAAGCUCCUGGGUCUGUCAGGCUUUUUUCCUCUGAAUCCCAUGAUGAUCACUGGUGCCGAGAGACUACUAAGGAAACGGGCACGUGAAGUCCUCGUAGCUUCUCAGAAGACGGGCACAGAGGCUGCCGAAGCGGAAGCAAGUUGA